AUGGCCAUCCAACACUUCCAAUUUGUAGAAAGUAAAAGUGAAAACUUUAGACGUUAUGCCGACUGGCGAUUGAGCCAGUUCAACGUCACAAAGCAGAGCACUAUCUGGGUGGAGUGGAAAUUCCUCCGACUGCUCUACAAGAGAGUCGCUGGAAAGAAGAUGGAUGAGAUCGUUGGGGAGCAGGUCAGUGAGGAGUCACAAGGUGGGGCAAAAGUUGUUCAUCUGGACAGUCUACAUUAA